CUUGCACCAUAAUCUUUGAUGAUCGCGUGCAACCUGGACUUGUCCCUCAGUUUUUCGUAUGAGAAAAACGUGAAAUCGCUUCUCAGCUACUUGCAAAUCUUUAGGCUGUUGUUAGUGUCAACCCUGAACAGCAGUAAAGAUGGCAGCAGCCAACAAGAGGCUGCCCGAGCGUCGUCUGCCUGUGCAGCAGAUGUGCGUGUUGGCUCUAUGUCGCAUAUCAGAGCCGAUAGCAUUCACUUCAGUAUUCCCAUACCUGCCAGAGAUGAUUGAAAGUCUAGGUGUACCAGAAGACGAAGUAGCAAGAUGGGCAGGAAUCUGUGUCUCAAUGUUUCCCCUGGCUCAAUUCCUGACUGCUGUAUCCUGGGGACGUGCUAGCGAUCGCUAUGGUAGAAAGCCAGUCAUCUUACUCUCCUUGACUUGUACCAUGAUCACGUCUCUUCUCUGGGGUUUCUCUAGUAGCCUGGGCAUGGCUAUUGCUAUUCGAGUACUUGCCGGGGCGGCUAAUGGUACCGUUGGUAUCAUUCGUACUGCCGUCGCUGAAAUGGUGCCUUGGAAAGAACUUCAACCAAGAGCUUUCAGCGUAAUGCCUCUUGUCUGGAACAUCGGCAGCAUUUUCGGACCUACACUUGGAGGUGCUCUGGCUAAUCCCUAUCACAUGAAGCCUGGUCAACCUCUACCUGAUAAUCCUACACUUUUUGAGAGGUUUCCCUACGCACUACCGAAUAUGCUUGCAGUGAUCUUGUUCCUUACAGGCAUCAGCAUUGGAAUACUUUUCUUGGAGGAAACCCUCGCUGCGAAAAAAGAUCGCCGCGAUUAUGGACUUGAGCUUGGAUUGAGAAUAAAGUAUUACAGCAAGCAGGCUCUCAGAAAGACCAAGCGCAUAUUUACUCGAGCGGACGGCAACGAAGAUUCGGAAACUGAGCCGCUUCUCAAGCCGCAGUUCGCACCUUCCCCAACCUCAGAUGAGGAGUUCGGAGUAAACACAGCGCCUAAGCCAGCACUUCCGCCACCAAGCUUUCGCGAAGUACUUCAUUAUCAGACCAUCAUCAACUUGAUUGUCUACACUCUUCUUGCUCUUCACAACAUCGCUUUUGAUCAGCUCAUUCCGAUUUUCAUGCAUCACCCUGUGCAGGAUCAUUCUGCCAACAAUCCUGACUUUCAACCUCCAUUGAAGUUCGCUGGUGGGUUUGGGCUUGACUCCGGCCGCAUCGGAUUCAUUUUUACGCUCUAUGGCAUCUCUGGAAUGUUCACUCAGUUCCUUGUCUUCCCGCCCGUUGCACGGAAGUAUGGUGUUGUCAAAUGCCUGCGUGUUUGUGCUGUGUGCAUGCCAGUCAUCUACUUCUUUGUUCCCUUCGCAGCUCUUUUACCUGACAGAACAAGCCAGGAGGUGGCAAUCUUCGUGUUGAUGAUCAUCAAAGGCUUCUUCUCCACCUUCGCGUUUCCGUGUUCGACCAUCCUUCUGACCAACUCCGCCAGCAGUCUUCGUAUCCUCGGCACUCUGAACGGUAUCGCAACAAGUGUUGGUGCAGUCGGCCGAGCACUAGGUCCCGCUAUCGGAGGCUCGACGUUCACAUACGGUGUCAAGAUCGGAUAUGUUAUUCUACCGUGGUGGGUUUUGUCCUUCAUCGCCACAAUCGCAGCCAUCCCAUCAUUUUGGGUUGUCGAGGGCGAAGGCUUCGGUGGUGAUGCCGAUAACGUCGAAGAUGACGAAGACAGCAUAAUCGAAGAGGACGAACAAGAAGCAGAAUAUGGUAGCCCCGGUCCUCUGCUCAGCCGCACCGAUACAAUCUCUUCAGGCGCAAUCUCAGAAGACGAACGCGAGUACGACUCUGACGACACUGCUCGCGAGAUCACACAAUCUCCACAGGUCAGAAGUAGGAGAGCAUCUAGUAGUAAUCGUCUCUCUCGCCGACCUUCGAGGAAGAUGUCUGCUCCCAUUGGCAUGGAGAAUCGCACAAUUUCGAGACGGUUCAGCAGCAACCUUGGACAGAGCUUUGGUAGCGCUGGCAGCUACAAUCCUUAAUUCGUCAAUCUUCACGAAGCAAACCAGAGUAGCGAAGUGUCGUAAGAGAAGGGCAUGAAGUUGGAAGAUUUGGGAUCAAGCCCACUAAAGGCUUUACAAUAACGAUGGGAUUCUAUUGGACACGAGGAGAUGGGAUGAACAAGUUGUGAAUUUUUAAGGGGAUCGAACUUGUGCUUUUGAACAUUGAGAUCAUCUCUGCAUGUAUUGGCGUUUUAGGACUUUGGUCAACAUGAUACAGCACUUUGGUGGCU